CUAUAAAAACGGAGGUAUCAUAUAGCAGUAACCGCCGUCAAUCAGGGAUAGCACAUGACCAUUCAGGCACAUCAACAAAUUUAAUGUACGGACCUUCUACGGUUCCACCACGGACACCAGUUGGAAGGUCUUUUCCUGCACAGGAAGCAUCAGAACCUUUCUGUUCAACUUCAACCUUGCAGGGUGUCCAUUAUUCUCCUUAUCAAUGUUCCAGGGGGGUGAAGUUGGCUAAUAAAACUUCCUCUUCAUUGGCUCCAGCUGCUGUACGCUACCGUCCUUUUGGGAAAGCGGGUCUUCAACAGAGACCAGAAACAGCAAGGAUCUUAGACACUGGUAUAUUGGGUUCAGGGUCACAGAUAAUGUCUGGCCAGUCGGUCAGAAGGAAGCGAAGUAUCAGAGGACGAGGGAGAGCUCAUGAGCUUAGCCGGACAAAGUUGGGUAACCAAGGCCGUGGUCCAGAACCAAACGAUGAGGAUGAGAGACAAAGGGGGCUCAGGUUCACACACAAGGAGAACGAGGUGCUAAUUAGGUCCAUCCUGGAAAGGGCAGGGGAAUUAUUCAGUAUUAGGAAAAUGAAAGGAUCGGCGUCUUAUAAAAAGGCGUUGUGGAAACAGGUUGGUGCCGCUGUCAGCAACGUAGGAAUUUGCAAGAGGUCUGUAGAGGUUUGCAAGAAGCGAUACCAAGACUGUAAGAGAAUAGUCCGGCAGAAGAUGUUAGAGAGAGAAAUGCACUCCAAAGGUGGCGGUCCUCGGGGGGACUUCAGAUUCAACUCUUGGGAAGAGAUGUUACGUAGGCAUUUAAGACAUACUACGCCUGCAAAAGAGGGGACUGCUUGGGACACAUCCACAAUACAAGCCCCCGAUCUUGCGGUUGAGGAAUCAUCAGACAGCGCUCAGCCUCAAUCAGAAGCAGCACUUAGCCAAGCGAGUGCACAAGCAGAUUUAGUAUAUGCGACACCUGAAUUGCCAUCACCAACAACUGCUAUCCUAGUUUCUGAACCUACACAGGAGUUAAAAGAAACAUCUUGUUGGGCUGCAACCUCAAAGGGUCCACAAUUCUCCCCUCAAAAGGUUUUUCAUGGGAUGGUGAAGACUCAAGAAUAUAACACACCCCAUCCCAUGACCCAGGAACCUAUCCCUUCCCAAUAUAGCUUUAUGAACCAUGGAAGUAAUCAGUCUUUUCGAAUGAUGGGCAUAACACAUAGGCCAGAAACUACAUACAGCGCUGAGCCACCACCACCACCACAAACCCCUGUACGAACGUUACCAGCGUACAGUAUGGCAUCGUCUUCCACUCAAAGUCCCAUACCACCUAUAAUACGUGUGAAAUUGAGUCCACAUAUGCACUUUUCACCAUCAUUCAGUAGCCCUGGAUCGGACUCAACACCACAAGAAGAAUGGUCUUUCAGCGACGUUGAUCCACCAAGAGAAGGUGAACCUACUGAAACCGAACCUGGACCAUCAUAUACUACACCUGAAGACGUAAAACCAUUCGACCAAAGUUAUACAGAAAGCAUGUCGUCAUGUCUACACGCAAUGAAGCAGCUGAACAGGGCCAGAAACAAAGAAUUGUUUCAGCUCCGGGAGAGCCAAGCACAAUUUAACGAGACAUUCAAUACGUGGCUGACGCAAAUACACGAAGAAGUCAGGCAACUUAAAUACAACCAGAUGUUUCACCCUAGAGAAAACCAAUCAAAUGAAUCAAGUAAUACUUGGCUCUCACAGAUACACGAGGAAAUUCGGCAACUUAAGUACAGCCAGCUAGACAUAGGAUGUCACCUGAUGCACAAGAACACUAUCCUCAAUGAUCUGGUUCAUGAAAUAAGGAAUUUAAAUAAUAAUGUAAUGAGAGUUUCAGAACAUCUAAGCACUUUUGCCCACAUAACAACGUCUACGCUACCGGACAACACACCUAUUAGAUCGCAGCAUCACAGCCAGACGAACCAAUCUGGUGCUCCGUCCAACCAAAGCUAGAGGACCGUGAAUAGCAGGUCCAACCCCCCCCCCAAAAGAUUAGAGAUGUUGAACGCAGUGUAAUUCAUCCAUAUAUUAUUUAAAGGGACAUCAAACCCAACAUUUUUCUUUUAUGAUUUGGAUAGAGCAUGCAAUUUUAAACAACUAAGUAAAUUGUCUUUGUUCUUUUGGUAUCUUUUGUUGAAAAGCAGGGACAUAAGCUGAUGUCUGGAUCACUAUAUGACAGUGGUUUUGCAAGAAUGUCAUCCAUCUGUGAGAGCACUUUUUCCUGCCAUGUAGUGCUCGAGAUGCCUACCUAGGUAUCUCUUCAACAAAGAACAACAUGGGAAUAAAGCUGUAUUUUUGAAAUAAAUUGGCAUACCAGGUGUAAAAACAUUCUGCAUACAUUAACACCUGCAGUUAUUUUUAAGUGGUUAAAUUAUCCCCACCACGUUUUUUUUUUGAAGGGGCCAAUUUGAACUUGUUUUAUUAGAGGUUGCAUAACGAGCAAAACUUGCAUUGUUUUGAAGUAUCUUAUCUUACCACUUCCACUAAGGCCAAUUGGAGACAGAUAUGUAGCAGGGUGAGGCUUGUGUAGUCUGCAUAGUUCACUGAUAAUUCUCAGAAUUGGAAAACCCACAAUUUUCUCAGUUAAUAUGACUAUAAAAUAAUGAAAAUAUUUAGUUUUUUUUUUUUUUUUAUGAAACAUUUUAUAAUUUAUUAUGUGUACUAAAAAAAAUAUGUUUUUGCACUGCACUUUAAUAACACGUCUUGUCUGCGUUUUCUAUACUUUAACUUUUUGUUACUGCUCCAGAAAGUCUGGGUUGCAACCUGCAGAUUCUAAAACUCUAACCCUGUAACACGCUAUAUAAGAAGUCAUUUAUAGCUCUCCCUAAUUGGCUACAGUAGAAGAGACAUGAUAAACGUAUUCAGCAUUUUUCAAGGGGUGUGUCUCUGGACUGAAAAACAAUGCAAAUUUAAAGCACUGUCUAAAGUUGAUUGCUGAAGAAAAACAUCUCAGCCAAGUCUAAACAUUUUAAAACAAAUUUAUAUCUUGUCUGCUGCAACUGUUUUUCAAUAGCCAAACUCCACCACCCUUUGCCUUAUUUGGAGUAGCCAAUCCAUACUUGAGCCAAUAGACGACAAGGUUAGUCACUUUCAUUAUGUUCGUAUUAAGUACAUUGUUUUGCAGUUAUCUGCUAAAGUCAGUUAGGGAGAGAUAUGUAGCAAGGUCAGCCUUGAGAAGUCUGCAGGGUGCUUUUCCAAUUCUGAGAAUUUUAAAAAUACACAAUUUUCAGAGCUAAAUGCCACGAAAAGGGGACAAAAUAAAUAAUGAAAAUAUAUUACAAAUUUGUUUCCUAAUGCAUAACUAAAUAUAUAUAUAAAUAAAUAAAUCUCAAGGUG